AUGUACGAUUUGAUGCUUGCUGUGUCCUUGAGCACCACCAACGGGCAUUUAUAUACACCAGAGCUCGGUCACCCGAAUACAUCAUCUCUUGGAGAGCGGCGACAAACCAAACCCGCGGAGGAGAGCUGGCGCUGUCACAAAUUCUUGGGAGCUUUUGUCGCAACGAUGGGUAAAGGAACGGAUAAAUUAUAUAUCACGCAUUCAGAAUGGGCGUCGGAGGAUGCAUUCUCCGCCAGCGCUGGAGCUGGCGUCACGCGCGCGAAACGCGGCGGAGUCGAUAAUAGUUUCAAGCGCCUGCCCUUCAACUUCUGCUCGCUCUCCCUCCAACCGUACGCGCAUCCGGUGUGCACCCACGAGGGCACAAUUUUCGACCUGACCAACAUCCUUCCCUGGAUCAAGAAGCACGGCACGAACCCGGUGAAUGGGGCGCCCCUCAAGAACUCCGAUCUCAUCAAGCUCAACCUGGCCAAGAACGAGGCCGGCGAAUACGUCGAUCCCGUAACCUACAAGGUUUUCACCGACAACACGCACAUCGUCGCGCUGCGGCCGACGGGGAAUGUCUUCGCGUGGGAUACGGUCGAGCGGCUGAAUAUAAAGGGCAAGCUGUGGAAGGAUUUGGUUACGGAUGAAGAGUUCACCCGGAAGGACAUCAUCACGCUGCAGGACCCGCAGAACAUCGAGUCGCGGAACCUCAGCUCGUUCAACUACAUCAAGGAAGGCGAGAGCGGGUUGACCGAGGAGCAGAUCCGGGAACGAGAGGACCCCGCCAACAACGUCAAUGCCAACGCUCUGGGCAGUUCGGCCAAGAUCCUGAAAGCAAGGGAAGCAGUGGCCAAGGCCCGCUCGGAGAGGGCACAGCGCGCGGGCGUCGCUGGUGCGGCUGCUGCCUCCGUGUCCAAGACUGGGGCUGGGCCUGGGUCUGUUGGUGCCUUGUCGCAGGCUAAGAAGCCGGUUGCUGGGAAAGCAACUCCCUAUAAUGCCGCACGGCAUACGACGGGGUUGGCUGCUGCCUCGUUCACGAGCACGGGGAUGACCCCGCACACGUCCGCCGACCUCGCACUGCUUUCAGACGAGGAAUACAUGCUGAAGAGGGGUCGCGUCAAGCACAAGGGCUAUGCGCGCAUCUCGACUACGUCUGGGGACAUCAACCUGGAACUGCACACGGAAUAUGCACCCAAAGCCGUGUGGAAUUUCAUCAAGCUCGCCAAGAAGGGUUACUACAGGGAUGUCACCUUCCAUCGCAAUAUUAAGGGCUUCAUGAUCCAAGGUGGUGAUCCAUCCGGGACUGGACGCGGAGGCGAGAGUAUCUGGGGCAAGUAUUUCAACGAUGAGUUCGAGGGGCCUCUGAAGCACGACUCUCGAGGCACGCUCAGCAUGGCCAACAAGGGCAAGAACACGAACAGCAGUCAAUUUUUCAUUGCCUAUCGCGCCCUGCCUCACCUGAACAACAAACACACCAUCUUCGGUCAUGUCAUCGACGACCCGACUCCAUCGUCCCCGACCUUGAACAAACUUGAGACACACCCCACCAACUCCACCACCAACCGACCCACCCCGGACAUCCGUAUCACCGAUGUGACCAUCUUCGUGGACCCCUUUGAGGAAUUCCUGAAGCAGAAGCAGGCGGAGGAGGCCAAGGCCAAGGGUCACAUCACGGAUCCGGCGGAGGAGGAACAGAAUGCACGCCGUGAGGACGACGAUCGUGUGACCUGGACAGGGAAAAGGGUUCGCGGUGCCGGAAGUGGUUCUGCAGAGGAGGGCUCGGUUGGUGUAGGGAAAUAUCUCAAGGCCGCGCUGGCCGAACGGGCGGGCCAGGAGGAGGACGAGAUUGUGGAGUAUGUGGAUGAUGAGCCUGAGCCGGAACCGGUGCGGAAGAAGAUGAGAGGCGCUGGGGGAUUCGGAGAUUUCAGCUCAUGGGAUUGA